AUGGGUAUAUUCGGCGGUUCUCAUUUUGGAAAAACAAAGUUACGAUCAGAUACAGUAAAAACAGAGUCCGGCCCAGUAGUUGGGAAACGCUAUUACUUUGGUGAUGGAAGAUUUGUAGAUUCAUUUUUGGGUAUACCGUUUGCUAAACCUCCAGUUGGACCUCUACGUUUCGAAAAACCAGAACCAGUAGAACCUUGGAAAGAAGUCUUACACUGUUUUAAACAUGCUCCUCGUGCAGUGCAGAAGAAAAUGCUUUUUGAUCGACUUGGCCCACCUGUUCAGAGCAGUGAAGACUGCCUGUAUUUAAAUGUAUUUGCUCCAGCUUGGGAGCCUCCUGCAGAACAGCCAAAUGGAAGAGCAGUAAUGGUAUUUGUUCAUGGUGGUGGAUUCUCAGUUCAUGGUUCAGCUUAUUAUGGCGAUAUAAAUAUAUGCAAGCUUCUUUGUUUUAAAGAAGUUAUUGUGGUAACACUGCAGUACCGGUUAGGUAUUUUGGGUUUCGGUACGACUGGUGACUAUAAUUCUACGUCUAAUCUUGGUUUAUGGGAUCAGGCACUAGCGCUUAAAUGGGUUAAAAACAAUAUACGACAUUUCAAGGGUGAUCCAGAAAAUAUAACUUUAUUUGGACAAAGUGCUGGCGGAGCAUCUGUAGACAUGCUUUGCUUGUCACCGCAAACAAAUGGUUUAUUUAACAAAGUGAUUCCAAUGGGCGGAACAGCAAGCUGUUCAUGGGCCACCAGAGAUCCAUCAUUCAUACGGCAGUCUUUGAUCAAUCGUGCAGAAAAGCUGGGUUGGGUUCACCCAGCUAAUGGUAAUCCCGCAGUUUACAUACAAAGUUUAUUCUUUGCAGAAACAGAGGAAGAAGUUGUGACAGAAAAAUUUUUUACCUUUUUCUCUGCGUCUCGUAUUUUAGCAAACGAAGAUGAAGUGAAUAAAAACCUAAUGGAAUUCUUAAAAACAGUACCAGCCAAAAAGUUGGCAACGGGGUUAGAAAGUGGAACAACGGAAGAUCCAUUUAGCUUGCAUUUCGCGCCGGUUGUUGACGGAGACUUCUUGCCGGAAUCAAUCUCAAUUCUGCGUAAAAAGACACCUAGAAAACUGUGUAUUACUGGAACUUGCGAAUUUGAAGGAUUACUGUUCAUUGGUAUUGCAAAAAAAUUAUACGCAGUGAAAAGAAAAGACAAGUUGCUAUCAGCUUUCAUAUCGGACGGCAAGUAUAAAAAUGCUGAAGACCUGAGAAAUGAGGCAUCUAAACUGUACAAUUAUAAUGGUACUGCAGAUGAGAUCAUAAAGGGUCAUACCAAGUUAAUUGGCGACGUGGGUAUCAAUAACGGUGUGGAACAGUUUGCCAGCGAUAUGACAGCAGCAGGACAUACAGUAUAUUUGUACAGUUUUUCACAUUUCAAUCCGAAAUCAUCCAGAUUAUUCCGGCUUUUAGUUCCUAUGCCUUUUCAAGCAGCUACACAUUCCUCAGAGAUACCAUUUCUGUUUGGAAAAUCUAUGUUUGGCCAGUUUGAAAUGACACCUGCAGAUGAGAAAGUUUCUGACCGAUUUAUUACGUUGUUCACUAAUUUUGCCAAAUAUGGUGAUCCAAAUGGUACUGCCGAGGAAAGGAUUUGGCAGCCAGUAAGCAAUGAUAACACGUAUAAAUAUCUUAACAUAUCGACUGAUGGUAUAUUGAUGAAAGACGAAUAUGAGGAUCGACGAGCAGAAUUUUGGAAAAAAGUGUUAAUGGGUCUCCUAUUCAGCAGUUACUUUGGAAAAACAAAGCUUCGAUCAGAUGUUGUACAAACAGAAAGUGGUCCAAUUAUCGGAAAACGUUAUAAUAUUAAUCACAAGUUUGUGGAUGCUUUUCUUGGAAUACCAUUUGCAAAACCGCCAGUUAAUGAAUUGCGUUUCAAAAAGCCAGAAAGGCCAGACCCUUGGGAGUCUCCAUUGCUAUGUAUCAAACAUGGUCCACGUGCAGUGCAGCGGGAAGUGUUCCUUGAAAUCAUCUUACCACCUUUAAAAACUAGCGAGGACUGCUUGUAUUUGAACGUUUUCGCUCCAGUGUGGGAACUGCCUGAAGAUCAACCGAAUGGAAGAGCGGUAAUGAUGUUUAUUCACGGAGGUGGAUUCGCAAUGCACACUUCAGCAAAUUAUGGUGAUCUUAAUAUUUGCCAGUUUCUCUGCUUCAAAGAGGUGGUGGUGGUGACGAUUCAGUAUCGACUAGGUCUUUUAGGGUUUGGUACUACUGGUGACAAAAACUCAAUAUCUAACUUGGGUCUUUGGGAUCAAACUUAUGCUCUGGCUUGGAUCAAAAAUAACAUUAGAAGUUUUAAAGGGGAUCCAGAUAACGUAACAAUAUUUGGACAGAGUGCAGGUGGUGCAUCGGUGGAUAUGCUUUGUUUGUCUCCGUAUUCCAACGGUUUGUUUUCCAAAGCAAUACUGAUGUCAGGAAGCGCUAGUUGUCCUUGGACAAUAAAUUCAAAAAAUGAUGCGCGAGAACUGUUAUUCGAACAUGCAUUAAAAUGUGGAUGGAAGAAACCAGAAAAUGCCGAUGAUGAAACAGAGAACAAAGCGGUAAUGGAAUUUCUGCAGAAAGCACCGAGCAAAAAGCUUGGUGUUGCCAUGGAUGAACCAGCGACUGAAAGACAUCCAUACAAAAUUGCUUUUGUUCCCGUAAUUGAUGGUGAUUUCUUCCCGGAACCGGUUGACGAACUGAGGAAAAAAGCUCCCAAAAAACUGUGUAUAGCUGCUGCGUUGGCAAGAGAAUAUUGGGUUAGAAAGAGAAAUGCGAUUAUACCUUUCUUAGUACCAGACUGGAAGUAUAAAAAUGGUGAAGUGCUUAGGCAGGAGCUUUUAUCCAUGUAUGCUCCUGAAAAGGAGAAAGGAAUGACCAAGACGUCUUAUGUGCAGCUUCUAGGCGACGCUUUUAUCAACGCUGGCAUUCAUAAAUUUGUUCAAGAUAUGACAUUAGCUGGGCACACAGUUUAUCUGUACAGAUUCAUACAUCAUAAUCCCAAAACUUUUGGAUUAGUGCGACUGCUUUUGCCAUUUCAAGCUUCUACUCAUGCGUCUGACCUUCCGUUCAUAUUUGGCAAGGGACCAUAUUGUAAAUUUAAGAUGACUAAGAAUGAUAAAGAAGUCACUGAAAAUGUUCUUACGUUUUAUACAAAUUUUGCUAAAUACGGAAAUCCAAAUGGUACUGCCGGGGAUCAGUUAUGGGAACCCGUAACAGCUGAAAAUACAUUUCGGUAUUUAAAUGUAACGUCUUCUGGUGUCUCAAUGAAAGAUGACUACGAAGAUCGAAGAACAGAAAUAUGGGACAAAGUUUAUUCAUCCUUACAGAAUAUGUAA